AUGAAACAAAUAUAUGAAAGUAGUGAAUCAGGUUAUUCAGCUCAAGAAAAAAUCAAAGAGAUGCGGGAUCCAGAAGGAAAGUUUUUGUUAGUGCUAGGAAAGGACGAUAUGGUGGUAGGUUUCUUGAUUUGGAGGUUUGAUUGGGAAGAAACAAUGGGUAGUGAUGACGUCGAGGUAGCGUAUUGUUACGAGCUUCAAUUUAGGAAAGACGCAUGUGGAAAUGGCCUAGGACGAGCUCUUAUGAACCUGUUAGAAGAGAUUGGCAAAAGUUGGAAGAUGAAGAAGGUCAUGCUCACAGUUCACAAAAGUGCGUCUUAUAAGCGUCUCGAUCUCAAAUUGAGCGCACAUACGAAGUACGAAAUACUAAUCAGCAAUAAUCGAUCAAUAGCAAACACGAGAGCUUUAAGCUUCUACUUGAACAAGAUGAACUACGAAUUCGAUGAGAUCUCUCCUUCCCAAGUUGAGGGUGCAGAUCCUGCUGAUUACGAAAUCAUGUCCAAACGACUUAGCAUCUAA